UUAUUUUCUAUCGUUGAUAGAGCCAUCUACUGUAAUGUUAUAUUACUAACGUUUUUAUCAUGCAUAAACAAAAUGAUAAUUAUCUUUGUUAAAAUACUGCAAGAGAUUCCACGAUUCUUGAAGACAGUUUUGUGUCAAAGUUGUUGUGUUCAUUAUUGUAUAUUUGUUUUUUAGUUUUGUGAUUUGUAUAAAAGAGAUACACAAUUAUGAUACAUAAUAGUAAAAUAUUUUAGUUGUGACACAAUAAACAUAAGUUUCCUCGGAUUUUUAACUACAACUUUACGCGUAGUUUGAGCAUAACCAAUAUGUCAGACGUUAAAAGUCUCGAAUAUCCAACAUUGAAGGUUCCUUAUGAAUUACUUAAUAAAAAAUUUCGUUUAGCUCAAAAAGUUAUAGAUAGAGAAGCUUCAUAUGUACAAACAGCAGCUAAUGAAUUAAUGAAAGAUAAUAAAACAUCUGUUCCUGCUGGGGAAAUGAGCAUAUUGUUAGGAGGAGUUGUAGAAAAACUUCAAACUUUAAAGAGAAAAGCACAAGAAUCUAUUGCAGAAGAGUUACAAGCAGGAAUGGUUUGCAAAAGACGACUAGAACAUUUAAAAGAACAUGCUAAUACUGCACCAAGUGUUGUGAAUCAGUGGCGGCGACAAAGACUUGAUAGAAUGUUAAUAGAAUAUUUCCUUCGUAAAGGUUAUUAUACAACUGCAACUAAAUUAGCAGAUAGUAGUGAGCUUAGAGAUUUAACAAAUAUAGAUGUUUUUAUGGUAUCAAGAGAAGUUGAAGCAUCUUUAGCAAAUCAUGAAACUGCAAGGUGUGUUGGAUGGUGCUAUGACAAUCGAUCUAAGUUAAGAAAAUUAGGAAGUACUAUGGAAUUUAAUUUACGUGUACAAGAGUUCAUAGAAUUAGUAAGACAAGAUAGAAGGCUUGAUGCUGUCAAACAUGCUAGAAAAUGUUUUACAAAUUAUGAUGAUUACCAGUUGCAAGAAAUUCAAUGUUGUAUGGGACAAUUAGCAUUUCCAGCUAAUACAUCUCUUAGUCCAUAUAAAGAUCUAUUAGAUGAAAAAAGAUGGGAUAGAUUAAUUGAACAGUUCAGACAUGAAAAUUAUAGACUUUUUCAAUUAGCAAGUCAAAGUGUUUUUACAGUAGCAUUACAAGCAGGUCUAUCAGCAUUAAAAACACCUCAAUGUUAUAGUGCAAAUAAAGAAGGUAGAAAUCCAAAUUGUCCAGUGUGCAAUGAAGCUCUCAAUGAGCUAGCAGUUCCAUUGCCUUUUGCUCAUUGUUCACAGUCAAGACUUGUUUGCAGUAUUAGUGGAAAACCAUUAAAUGAAUAUAAUCAACCAAUGAUGAUGCCAAAUGGAUAUGUAUAUGGAGAACAAGCAUUGGAAAAAAUGGCUCAAGAAAAUAAUGGUACUGUAAUUUGUCCAAAAACCAAAGAAGUGUUUCCAUAUAAAAAAAUAGAAAAAGUGUAUGUUAUGUAAUAAUUAUUGACUCAAACAUAAUUUGUAUUAUAUCUGCGUUUCAUACUAUGUACCAAUAUUAACAAAAGAAAUAACUUCUAUUUUUAAGAAAAUAUUUUUUUGCAAAUUUUCUUUAUGAUCAUCUACUAGAAUAAAAUGUGAUAUAAACAAAUAAUGUGUGGAAAACGUUCUAGUUUUUCGAUAUAAAAAGAUAUACAAAUUAUUAUUAUAAUGUAGUUGGAUAUUAAACAUAAAAUCAGAUUUUUGUCCUUAUUCAUUUAUUUAACAUUAUUUCUACAAUAAAUUGAACAAUUAAAACAAUUCCAUAAAUCUAUGUUUCAAGACAUAUUUUAUAACCAUGAACUUUGUAAGUAUAUUACAAUGAUUUAUAUUUAUAUUUAUACUUUGCAUGCCCAAACAUUUUAACAUAACAUGAAAUUUAUAUUAACAUUAGCGUAAAUAUGAUUGCUACUUUGUUAUAUAAUUUUCUCUUUCAUUUUUAUAUAAAAACAGAUGUAUCAUCAUUUAAAUAUUUUUUCAUAAUAAUUUUUUUAUAAUAAUUGUAUAUCUUAAUGAAGAAAGUCUAAUCUACUUAAUGAUAUGCAUUAAGCAAUUUUAGAUGAAACAUGUUUAUAAGUGAAUCAAUAUAAAAAUAUCCUUUCUAUGCUCUAUUAGCUUUAAAUUCAAUGAUCUUUCAUUCAUUGUUUUACUGAAUUUUAUAAUUUAUUGUCUGAAUUGCUUCAUGUAGAAGAUUGUCCUUCUAGGAAUUUGGAUUCUAGAUUUUAGAAUAAAUUUUGUGGUCAAUAUGGGGUGCAAUAUUUGAGGUAAUUUAAGGUUUUUUGUUAUAAAGAUUUGUUUAUAAAUAUGCGAUUUUGAUAAUCAAUUCAGAGCAUAAAUAGAAAAUGUAUAGAAAUAUUAGUUUUAUAUAUGUGAAUUAAUAGAAAUAGAGAGUAAACAGUAUUAUAAAUA